GGGAAGGACUGGAGAGCAAGAGAGUGAACGCAAGGGAGAGAGGAAGAGUUGUGGAGGAGACGAAAGCUUCUUUGUUCAGCCUGGUUCUGAAUAGGAGAUCAGGGGUCUCUCUCUCCCUCUCUCUUUCUCUCACCCUCUGUUUCAUUCGUUUCUCGCAACACACUCUUCAUUCUUUGUCACCAGCUGCUCACCAGGUUUCACCAUGACCCGCCCCUCCGCCUCCUCAAUUGGACUCAUCUUCCUUCUGAUUGGCUACGCUGCAGCAGGACCUGAGCCUGACCUGCGGCCUCGAGCGGUGCGUUCAAGUGCCUGUCAGGAGCACAAAACCCUUCAUGACCGCAUGGAUAUAGUGGAGAAGAAAGUGGAGGACACAGUUGAGAAGUUGGAAGUUGAGCUGGCUGCCCUCCUGGAUGCCAUUGAAGCUCCGAGCUGGCGCCCCCUCUUGGACAAUCCAGGAAAGACAGUGGUCGAUAUCCUGGAAGACCCAGGGCAGAGGGGCCAGUAGUAAACAUCCAUGGAAGAGGGACUCAAGAAGACUCUUGAAUUCAGACAUUGUAGGAUUAAAUUGGUUUCCAUGACUCAAAUUUUUUUAAACAAUUUUUUAAAACUGCGUAUAUGCACUUCAUCUGUAUAUCAAAAUGAUUUUUUUUAACUUAAGAGGAGGCACAAGGCCAAGCUUGUCUGCAUUUUUUACUCUUACUAAUCCAGUGAUAGAUUUCAGUCCUAGAUUCUUCCCCCUGCAGUCAAUCGUGGCACAGCUCAUGUUUACAAUGCUAUUCAAAGAGAUGCAGUCACUUUGGAUGUCUCGGCUCAGUCCAUUUAUACCCCUGCUCUUCAUUGCCCUCUGCUGUCUGCAGACAAACUGUGCCUUUAAUGCUGUACUUGAGUGGAAGUGACAAAGACGAAGAGACACCAAAUAACUGGAAGGAGAUUUAUUUCUUUAUCAAAGCAGUUAAAGCAGCAUUUUUUUAAACACAUGGAGCAGUUUUAGUUGGUAGUUCAGUAACAAGGCUUUUUCACUGAUUCCCCGUAAAAAUCCUGCAGCACAAGAACAUUAUGCAAAAUAGGAUCACAAGAAGGAGAAGAGUGGCAUAAAUCCCAUGACCUUCUUGAUUUGUUUUCUCAACAGGGCACUGAGUUUCAAACCGUAUCCACAGAGUUAAGACAUCUACAGUAUGGUAUGACUCGAGAGCAUCCAUCAAAAAAACAGUUGAAUAGGAGACAUGCUGUUGCUGGUGAAACACUAACACAAUGGCUUUUUUGAAACACCUAAUGGCAUUCUGAACGUUAACAUGUUAGGAGGGUUUGCACACAUGGCCCAAUUACGAAUGAUCACUGAUAUCAAGGAAAUGCCACAACUGUAGAUUAGCAUUGUAACUUAAGCUACACUUAAAUUAACUGUCAAAAUCAGUCAUUAUCCAUUUACAAAUGAUUAACAUUACACACCCAGUUCAGGCCUAUGUUGAUUCUGAUAGUGUGUAGACGGAUGUAAUGAAUUUAAUAAAUAACUGACCUUUCUUUUCCACAAA